UCAGAAAUCUACCUGUAGCAGCCGAUGCCCAAAAUAGAGAACGGCAUCAGGUUACAGACAUGUGUUCUUAACGCUCCCUGCACGCUGGUUCUGUGGCAGAUCAUCACCGACGCUGCAUUCUUCACUUGGAGCAGUAUUCCGUCGAAAUUACAAGUAAGAACAGGCUAGGGGACAGUCCAGCAGCUACGAUGGUUAUAGUCAUUGACUUGGAGGAGGAGGAGGCAAAGAAAGCAGCAGAAGCCGCAGCAGCAGCAAAACAGACAACUGCUACAGCUUCACCAAAUGGCAAUGGUUCAGGACAACCUGGUGGAGAUAAAAAUGGAAAAUCAGGAAAGAAGCCACAGCCAGUGCCCACAGGACCUCAGCAUAGCAAAGGAAAGCCAGAUAUUGCAGGUGGAGAGGGAGCAGCAGCUGGUGUUGCAGAAUCUCCACCUACCCAGAAGUCCAGUGAUCCUGAUACCAAAAGGAAAGAGGACACUGUAAAAGAUUCCAAGCCUAAUCCACAGCAACCCAAGAGUAUGCCAGCUGAAACUAACCCUUCCAAAGGAAGAGAUGGCAAGGCUGGCAAAGAUUCAAAAAGUUGAAACCACUAAAGCCACUCCAUCAUCAGAUAAGGCUUCAGCUGGAGCCAAAAGUGAACCUGGAGGAGCCUCUGUUUCAAAGGAUAAAGUUGCUGAUGGGAGCAAGACAAAUUCACAGCCAGCAAAAGGUUCAAUAGAUUCUGCCAGUGGAAGCAAGGGUAAGCAGCAACAAGCGAAAAGGGUCAGAUGCUGAAAAGGCUUCUUCCAAAGGAAAAAAUGCAGCCAGUAGCAAAGAUAAGCUCAAAUCAUCACUAGAAACUGAUAAAACUGCUUCAAAAGGUAAUGGUACUAAUUCCAAGAGUACCAAGAGUACACCACAACAUUCAAAACCUGCUGGAACAGAUAAACCUGCGUCUGAAAGCAAAGAUACUGUUGAAAGCAAGCCAAAA